AUGAAUAGCAGCCGAACUUCUGCUGUAUUAGAUCUUAAUGUACCAACUCCCAUACGUAACUCAUCUUAUGGCCUGGUUCGAUGGCCGAUAGCAAUUUCAGAUUUCGAUGAAACUGGAAACUUAGAGACAUCUCACGAAGAAAGUGAUCACGCAAAAAUUUUUGUUUUAUCUACGCAUUCGCAAUACGGCGAAGAAAAAUUAGAGUUGAGCUUAGAAAAAACGACAAUAAUUCAACUGGAUUCUGUAUUGGUUCGGUUAAAUGAAUUUCGAGAGAUACCAUGUGAACCACCAGAUGAGGAUUGUGAUGAAACCAAGUCGCCAACAAUACAUCCUUUUCCGCAACCAAUGAAAAGAUUUAACAAAAUGACCAAUAUAGUUGAUCUUUUUACUUCUAAUCCACCUUAUAAUCAAGAAUUCAAGACUAGGCAAGAAAAAGUAAAAUGGGUAACUCAUUUGUACAAUUCAAAAUCAAUAUUGUUGGGUUUCAUAAAAGAGAAACAAUUUGAACAUGUACCAUUGGAAGAAAAUUCAAUAAUAAGAACGAACCUUGGUUCCAAACCUAAAACCGAAGCCGUCAAACAUGCAAAGAAACUUUUGAAUGGACAUCAAACCUAUAGUCGAAAUUUAAACAAUACAAAUAUGGAAAGAAAUUAA